AUGCCAAGACGCAGCACAUCUUUGUAUAUUCGCCAUCUCCCAGACACAUGCAGGGGUUAUCGCAAAACUCCUGCUGAAAUGCGUUUGAAGGAAAGGCGUGAGGAGCCCAGCCGCGGUGGGAGAAGGUAUCGUUCCCGGUCCCGUUCCAGGUCUCACUCCACUUCCAGGCAGAAAGGUAUGGAGCCAUAUUACCGUCGACCAAGUGAACGCCGAGAUGAUUCACGAAGACGGGUGAACAAUGUGCGGUCCAAUCGAUCAGCAUCUAGGUCCAGAUCUCCCACCAGGUCUAGAUCAGCAAGCCAAGAUGGUAUGGAUAAUGGUGAUGAAGUACGAAAAGGGAGCCGGCGUAGUGAUCGGAGAGACAACCGUGCUGUUUCUAGAAGUCCUGCACACAGGCGUGGUUCCCUAUCGCGAUCCCGUUCCGGUUCAUAUUAA